AUGUUGAAGAUGAAUAGCAGCACCAUUACAACUGCUCCUUCUAUGCGCCCCACCACGACCACCACUAAGAAGGAUCAAAGCAAUGAUAAUAACAAUGAUCAGGAGGAUCAUUCAAGCACCAACUCGGCGCUCUUCAAAGAGGUCAUUGAGAUGGUCGUUGAAUUUGGAGCCACUCAUUCGAUGGAUCUCUUUGAAUAUUAUGGAAAGGAGCGGUUGGGUAUUUCCAUUCCUCUCACUCUAGCCUCCAUGUUUGAAUGGUGUUUAUUCAAAUCGAGCAAUAAAUAA